UUCAUUAUUAUUCAAUUGCAUCAUGGAAAAACCAGGGGAAAGAUGAGCAGAUUCGUCGUAUAUUUUCUCUUCGCUGGAUUUCUGCGCAAUCUGGUGGCGCCGAUUCGCUGCUAUGAAUGUGAUUUGAUUGGAAACAAAUCCUCCCUCUCUUGUUUCGAUCCAUUGGAUCCCACUCAUGAUGACGUCAGAGUAACCAAAUGUCAAAACUCUCGGGAGACCUGUCUCAAAAUCAAGACCACAUUCCAAGACGGGGAUGUCUUCUUUCAACGCAAAUGCGGGAAAGCAAAGCAAAAAGAUUCCUGCAAAAAUUUGAAAAUCAAUGGGACAAAGUAUUUGUUGACUGUGGAGCUGUGUUCAUGUGAGACUGACCUGUGUAACAAAGUCGAUCACGUCUCGACCUUCUCUCAAACUGUCAUCUCAGCAGUGACCAUUUUGUGGGUCAUUUUGAAUUCAAUGUAAAAAAAAAAAACCCCACUUAUACGUAUUGGCAUGUUAUAUAUCGUGUGCAUGUUUGUAGUGCAUUGUUUGAAAUUACAUCGUGGACUUGAAGAAAAAAAUGUAAUAUGUCAAUUUGUUGAUGGAAAAAUCAAAGAUAUGAUUUUAACGAAUGGGUACAUGUAUACAUGGGCGUGAUUCUUCAUAAGUUUCUAUCAAAGGCCUGAAUUGAAAAUUUAUUUAUAACCCCUUUCCUGACUAAACAAGUACUACUAUUUCUCUCAAGAAAUUUGUUAUUCAUUUCAUUGAUGCAUUCUCAUUAAAUGUUAAAUCACCUGGGUAAAACCUAAUUGAAAGUGAAACAAUUUUGGUUUAAAAAAAAAAAAACUAUACUCAUACGCUAAAAUGCCGGGACAAAAUUUCAGUUUAGCUCCAUGGAAUGUUGUGGUCGUUGGCGGUUAAUAAAGAAUUUUACAUCCCAGACCAUGUGGAUACUGUAUCGAUAUGUUUAAAGAGUUUUUGAUAUUUUGAUUUACAUGUAAUUUUUUUCAAGUGAUUGCUGUAAUUUAGCUUUAUUCACAAAUAAAUCGUAACAUGAU